AUGAUAUUUUUAUUUAUUUUUGAUGCUAAUAUCGGCUGGCUCUUCCGAUCUGUGGCCCAGAUGGUAAGAGUUCCACAUCAUGACAACCGGUCCUCAGUAGCCCAUGCAGCGAUAGACUUGAAGGAAUCUUACAUAGGAUGCUAUCGAAACAUCAGCUCAACGAAGACAGUUGCUUCAGUUGGCUCAGUGGAUGAAUGUUCACUGAAGUGCACAGAUGAAAGUAACAAUAUGAUCGCUUUGAAGAGUGGAGAAGAAUGCAACUGUAUUGGAAGGUUAGAUUCAGCAGUGGCUUCAUCCCAGUGUGAUGUUCCUUGCACCAAUGGAGAUGCUUGUGGUGGAAGUGAUUCAUAUUCCGUUUAUAAAAGCAAGCCACGAGUCAUGCACGAUUCACAUGCAAGUAUGGACAACCGUCAUAAUAGAUCUAUCGAGAUGACUUUACCAGCUGACUACACCCUCGAAACAUGCGCACAUUUCUGCCUGGAAACUAACCAUACAUUCUUUCAAAAAAUUGCUGACGGCAAAUGCGAAUGCUUCCAAGAACUUGCAGUCAAAGUGGGUAACAUGGCAGUUUUUAUUUGUGAUCAAAGUUGUUUAUACGACCCAGCUGAAAUCUGCGAUUGUCAUCAUAUAGGUUAUGAGUCUGACGAAACAGUAAUAUUCGCAACACGUUUCCAAUACGACUUCCAAAGAGGAGCGUCGACUUAUUCUCACUGCAACAACAGAGGCAGCGAGCGUUUCCAGGUAACGAAGUGCUCCGACGGAUGUGAAGGUGGAUGGAGAGGGGAUUGGUGCAGAGAAAGAGAUUGUAGGGUAUGGAAUGGAGAUUGUGGUAGUGAAUUGAACUGCGUGCAACUGACGGUGAACGGUAAUGAGUAUGUUGAAUGUGUCUGCCCACGCGACACUGUUAGAAACAAGUGGAAUAAAUGUGAGGUCAUGAGGAAAAAUUUAGCUCUAAACAAACCAUCGUAUUGUAGUACACAAUUUUUUAGUGGAGUUGAUUUUAAAUAUGACCCAUUAUAUUUAACAGACGGCAUGUACGAUGGAUUUCACCUGUCGCACAUUGGUGAUAAUAAUCCUGCCUGGUUGGCUGUUGAUCUACUCAAUUCGUACCACGUUGGCUUUGUCAGAGCUUACAACAGAUGGACCGAUAACGCGGAUCAUUUAGAACGUAUGAGCAAAUUUGUUGUCAGACUAAAUGAAACCUUCAACGUAAGUUCCCGUUGCGACAUAAGAAACAAAACCAACUUGUGCGGAUAUGGACCUGAGAAUGCACUGCAAAGCGGAAACCCCAUGAUCGUCUUUUGUGAAAAUUUUGCUUUGCUUUCACAAUUCGUCAUCAUCCAACAAUCUGACGAUAAGUUUCACAACGGUAACACAGCACUUGCAGAGUUGGAGGUGUUUGAAGCCGGAUGCGAUCUUUUCAACGGAAGAUGCGAAGAUGAGACCUGUGUGGAAGUGAAUAAAGAAACUAGAACUACCAUCUGCUGUGGUUGUCUUGUCACUACUCUAGUGACCAUUAUUAAAAGUUUAAAUAAAAUAUUCAAUGAAAAUACAAAAUAUUUCAAUGAAUAUGCCAAUGCCGCCAAUAAAAGUAAAAUGUCCAAACUAAGUUUGGGAAAUUUCUGGUAUGUUUUAGCUGCUAUCGUAGCUGCAUUGUUCUUAUUUGCCGUCAUGGUUGGAUUCAUCAUGAAGAAAAAAUUGAAGGAUCCAGAAGAAAAUGAGCAGAAAGAAAAAGAAGAAGAGAACGAAAAUAAAGAAGAAAAUGAAGAAGAAACCCAAUUAGAAGCCGACACAGAAGAUUAG